GUGCCGGUGGCGGCCAUGGCGGGCGGUCGGGCGGCGCGGCGGCUGUGGCGGCUCUGCAACCUCCUCAUGGCCGCCUUCUUCGGGCUGGCGGCCGCCGUGCAGGUGAACGACCCCGACGCCGGGCUGUGGACAGUGAGUACGGGCUGCCUCUCCCGCCGGGCAGCUGGAGCGGGGCGGGCGCCGGGGACAGGCGCGGGGGGCGGCCCUUCUGCUGCGGCUCCGCCUGCCGGCGCCUUCCCCGAGGGGGCCCCGGUGGCCCCAGCGUCGCUCCGCUGCACCCAUCCGCCCUGCGCCUGGUCCGAACCGGGGCCGCCGGCGGAAACCGGCUCCCUGGUUUUAGCUGAAGAGCAAGCAGGCGGCGGGAAAACAAUCUGACUACUGCAGUGACGGCUGAAAUACGACCGUGCUUCCCAGGAGCUUCCUUAUUUCACCCCAGAUUUGCACCAGCCCCCCGCAAAGCAUUGGUUCCCCGUGCAGAACACACCAAACUGCUCUCGUUUCUCCUGCCCUGCGCUCCUGACCGGGUGACCUCCUGCCUCCAUUGCCACCUCUUCUUGCCUUGAAUCACCAGCUGGACUGCUUUCUGUCUCCGCUCAACUCGGCAGGGCUUCCUCAGCCUCCAGGGGAAACCUAGAGGGAAACCCUCUUCUUCGCCCACUUUGCCAGCCCUUUCUCGGGCAUGUGAACAGCCCGGUGGCCCUGGCCUGGUGUGCACUGGGCUUGGAGCUGAGGGGCAAGGGGGAAUGUCUCUGUAUGUGGCAGGGGCUGUCCCCUGCAUGUCCCUUGUGCAGUGGGACAUCCCUUGUGCGGGUUGUCUACUUAGUGCCAGCUGCCCUGACACUGCUUGUCAGCAUUAAGCCUUCAAUAACAGAUAAUGGUGUUUGGAGGAGCCUCUGUGACCUUCAUUCUGCUGGUUGUAUUAUUGGGACCACUGCCUUGGCUUGUUCUUUGUUUGCUUAUGCUCAAGGAAACAUUUUACACGAAGAGGAAGGCAGAGAGUUGUUUGGUCUGGUGAUUAUUACAAUAUGGAUGAGUCUUUGUCGCAGUUCAGCAAAGAAUCCACUGGGUGGAGUUCGCUUGAUUGCUGCAAUUGUGGUUGCCCUCUUCCCAUUUGUUUCGUGGCUGUACAUUUAUGUGAACAAAGAGAUGCGAGCAUCUUGGCCAACGCACUGUAAAACAGUGAUUUAAUUGGGUGGGAGAAAGUAUCGAAUAAAUAUUCUGACCUUACUUGCCUUUGCUUUUGGUUCUUAACAAAAGGUUAGUAUCAGUUUGAUAGGACCCAAGAAUACCUGACUGAUUCCAGCAGUGGGGUUUGAGGUUUGUUAAAAAAAUUGAGGAACACUGUCAAAUCUGAGCAGAGAAUUCUAUGGAAACUGUUGUUCAGCUGGCUGCUUCAUACAUCUUCAAAGCGCUGUUGAUCUAAUAUGUGUUCUAAUGGUAUAUUCAAGAUACCCUGGCAUCCUUGGAUCACUCUUCAACCACCUUGUACUUUGGGAAAUCUACUGUUCUGUAACAUAACAGAAAAGUAAAGCAAACACUUUCUUUCAAUAAAUGACUAUUUACAGCCAUAAAACUUCCAGAUAUCUGCCUGGAUAGUCCAUUGAGACUAACUGAAAAAUUGAGCAGUCUGUAUUUCUGUUCCUAUGCUAAAAUUGUAUGUAGAAUAUAUCUGAAGAAAUAGUUUUGCUAUUAUCUUUAACUGAAAAUUACUGGUUUUACAUAUUAAUAAAUACUAUUUUUCUAAAGAAAAUUCAA